UGGCUGAGGCGCUGUCACUCCCUCCGAAGCUGCUGCUACUCCUUCCCUGAGGCCAGAGAGGCUGAGACUGGGCCGCGGAGGAGGAAGGGGCUCCGCUGAGGAAGAGGAGGAGAAGGGGGCGGCCUGGCGCUUCUGAGGGAAAGAAGGCAGCCGAAGAGGGACAUGUUUCAGCCCGUCGCCACCUUCCGCGGCCGCCUCCAAACCGGAGCUUAGGUAACCUAAUCCAUGGGUAAAGUUGGAAAGAUGUGGAACAGCUUUAAAUACAGGUGCCAGAAUCUCUUCAGCAAUGAAGUUGGAAACAGAAAUGAAAAUGUAGAUGUAAACUCUAAUAAUUCAUCUGUUAGAGAUAAAAGUGUUUUUGUGCUUGAUCCAGUGGAGCAGCGAUCAAGUAGUCCUUUAAGAGAUGUUUCUUUACAGCUGAGUCUAAGUCCUUCAAAAGCCUCUGCAAGAAAACAUCAAAACUGUGCUGCAGAAAUCCCACAGAUUGUGGAAAUAAGCAUUGAGAAAGAGAGUGACUUGGGUGCUGGCACAGGCGCUAGACUUGCACGAAGGGAUUCCUAUUCAAGACAUGCACCAUGGGGUGGCAAAAAGAAACAUUCCUGUUCUACAAAAACCCAGAGUUCUUUGGAGAGUAAUAAAAGAUUUGGCUGCUCUCGGUUGCAAAGACGAGAGCGAAGAUAUGGCGUGAGUUCUGUUCAUGACACAGAUAGUGUCUCAAGCAGGACUGUAGGUAAUCGUUCUUUGCGACAAAGACUACAGGAUACUGUGGGUUUAUGCUUUCCUAUGAGAACUUAUUGCAAACAGUCCAAAGCUCUGUUUUCUAACAAAAGAAAGAUACACCUUUCUGAACUAAUGUUAGAAAAAUGCCCUUUCCCUCCUGGGUCAGAUUUGGCCCAAAAAUGGCAUCUAAUCAAGCAGCACACCGCUCCAGUGAGCCCACACUCAACUCUUUUUGAUACAUUUGAUCCAUCUCUGGCUUCUACAGAAGAUGAGGAGGAUAGACUCAGAGAGAGACGAAGGCUCAGUAUUGAAGAAGGAGUUGAUCCUCCACCUAAUGCUCAGAUACAUACUUUUGAAGCCACUGCACAGGUUAAUCCGUUAUACAAACUUGGGCCAAAGUUGGCCCCUGGCAUGUCUGAGCUUACAGGAGAGAGCACUUCAGUACCACAAGGAAAUUCUGACUUGGAGGAGGAUACAACUACCCUCUGCUUGCAGUCGCGUAGACAAAAGCAACGUCAGGUGUCUGGAGAGAGCCAUAGCCACAUCAGCAGGCAAGGAGCUUGGAAAGUACAUACUCAAAUUGAUUACAUACAUUGCCUUGUGCCAGAUUUACUUCAGAUUACUGGUAAUCCAUGCUAUUGGGGAGUGAUGGACCGUUAUGAAGCUGAAGCACUUCUGGAAGGAAAACCUGAAGGCACUUUCUUGCUCAGGGAUUCUGCUCAGGAAGACUACCUCUUCUCUGUGAGCUUCCGCCGUUACAACCGGUCUCUACAUGCACGCAUUGAGCAGUGGAACCACAAUUUUAGUUUUGAUGCUCAUGACCCCUGUGUGUUUCACUCCUCCACUGUUACAGGGCUUCUCGAACACUAUAAAGAUCCUAGUUCUUGCAUGUUUUUUGAACCAUUGCUUACAGUUUCCCUAAACAGAACUUUUCCUUUCAGCUUGCAGUAUAUAUGUCGGGCUGUAAUCUGCCGGUACACUUCAUAUGAUGGGAUUGACUAUCUCCCUUUGCCAUCAAUGUUGCAGGACUUCUUAAAGGAAUAUCACUAUAAGCAAAAAGUUCGCGUACGAUGGUUGGAGCGGGAACCAAUUAAGACAAAAUGAACAGAGAAUUCAGAGCCCCCAGUAAGCUACUAGAAUCUGUGCUUUUUAUGUGUGUUACAGUAUAACUGCAAUAAGCACAUCAGUGUUUAGCUUUUUUUUUUCAAUAUUGUAUUUUAAACUCACUGUGUUUACAAGUGUGUCAGAUGCUGCCUGCAGUUGAUCAUAACUAGUUGUGAAUACAUAUUGAACACAUGCAGAACACAAAAUCACAUACUUUUUUUUAAAAAUGGAGGCUUUUACAUUAUAAUUUUCCACUUCUGAAAUAUGCAAGGCAGCUGUUGGGCACUGACUUUUUAGUUCCAUUCAGUUUCAGGAUCUAGGCAAUGUGGGUGGCUUGCUUUUUUGUCUGUUUGAAUAUGAUCACUUGACUACCAACAGUUGUGCUAUAAAUUUGUUGUUUUCUCAAUCAAAAACAAAAAUCAACACACACCUUUCAGAGUUCACUCCCCCCCCCAGUCAAUUUCUUCAUUUAAGCUGUUUUACGAACUAAAAUCCUGAGUAACAAGGGAAAUUGUGCUCUCACCUGGCACUUCUAAAAGAACCAAAUCAUGUGCUUUAAUCAUCCCUUAUAUGAAUCUGGUCUAAAAAGGGUUUCUCUUCAGAUCGUAUAAAUCUUUUGCCUUUUAAAAAGGGCUUUUUCCAAAUUAAAGACAUCUUAGUGAAUCAAUUAUACAAGUAUAGUUUAAUCAGCUAGUUAAAACUGCACAGAUUUGCUUGUGACUAAAUAAGGUCCAAUAGAAAAGGCAUACUUAUGGUGAUGUCUGCACAUGGUGCCUAGUUUUAUAUUGUAGAAGAGGUAUUGCCCAACUUCCUUGAGACUGGCACCCUUCAACAUGGUCAGUAUUUGGUGGAGAUGAUGGGUUUUAAAAUUAUGGAAAUUAUGGGUUGGGGAAGGAUACACUACUGCUUAAUACAGAAGGGGGAGUACAUCUUUUUAAAUUACAUGUGCAACUUUUAUAAGUAUUUUAAAUUAAUGUUUUCAAAAGCCAGUCUGUUUCAUUAAUUGUGGUCAUUUUAAGAAUAUUGAAAUUGCAUAUUCAGCUUCAGUGUUGCAGCCCUAGUUUUAAAAGCAACAUUUGAAAUAAAAUUUUAGCACAUGUAGAAAGUUUCACUUAGUGCUAACUAAGCCAGCUACUCCUGAUCUGCAGAGCACCAAUAAUGUUCACUUGAUAAUGUAGAAAGAUUAUGAGUCGGUAAUAACCAACAUUUCAUUUAUAUUUCUGACAAUGCAAAUCAAGGCAAUUUUGACCAAGAGUGGAUUACUGAACAGGGCCUGGCCUAGGAUGCAUGUUUCUCAUAGUGUCAACCACUCAUUGUUUCAUAAACUAUGCCUCAGGUGUAGGGCCUAUGAUUUUCGUAAAACACAUUGGUUUUGACAAUGCCUAUGCUGAAGAAAAAUGUUAUUAAAAUAUGUAACGUGCUUUGAUUUGUAGAAAGUUGCUGGGGGUCUCAGUGGAUCACUUCAGAUUUUUUUUCACUCAAGUGGUCUGCAAACGUUUACUGAUAUAUUAACCUGUUUGUUUUUUGAAUGGUUCAAAACAGUAUUUUUAACUUCUGCUAAAAACUGUUAAUGACCAUCCAGCUUACAUAAAACUUCAAGCUGAUCCAAAACACUCCAUGUUUUAUCCCACUUACUGUAUCUUUCCCUUUCUCCUCCCUAUUCAGUGCAUCAGAACUAAAGUUUCAGGCUUCAUAGGUACUCUUGUGUUUGUAAACUGUGUAGCACUUUUUGGGGCAGGGUGGGUUAAACUUGUAGAUUGUGUUCCUUCUUCAGCAAAUACUUUUGGCAACUUGCUCUUUUGCUUCCUUUUUCUCUCUUUAUGGACAGAGCAUUAAUUGUUUUGUCCUAGCUGUGUUUGCACUAAAAUUUGUGUUGGAGUACGACGUCCCUUGUUUUUUGCUUAUGUAUCUUGUACCAAUGAGUAGUGCUUCUAGUUUCUUAAACUGUUGCUACAGUAUGUUCUUCUCCAUGGCAGUGAGUGUGAGGUAGGGAAACUUCUAAGCUGCAUAUACAGGAUAAAUUGUAUGCCAACACUAACUAGUUUAUCAAUAUGUGUGUUUUUCCUCUGCUUGCUGUGCCUUGUUACAGCGUUUUUGUGCUAAUAAAGUACCGUAUUUUCAGUGUCAUA